UACUGGCCUAUUGGACCUAAUUAGAAGCUCGUGAAGUUAUUUUCGACUUGAGGAUAUUUAAGAAAUAGACUUCGACCCGAAAGCUAUGUUGUUUUGGACCUGGACAGCCUUAUGGUUCCUUGGUGGAACCAUAGAGUGCAUGGACCUUGAGCUUUUGAGACCUUUAACAAACCCAUCGUCAUCAGUGUACAAAGAGAGGCUGGCCUUUGUUCUCGGAUCCAGUGAACAUUUGCCACCAGAAGAUGUCUCGGCGAUACAAAAGCUCUUUCCUAAAUCGGAAGUGACUGGCGACUUUAGAUGUCAUGAGGAUGAAUGGAAAGUCCUUUUUGACGUCCGAGAUAAUCCGAACUUUGAUCUGCAGGAAGAAUGUGGAUAUAUCUUCAUUGUCUUGAGGAACAUAAAUGCCACGACGGGUAUGAUCUUCCAAAAGAAGCCUUCAUGUGUCUCCAAAGUAUUUUCGUUGUCAAUGGAGGCCCAUCGGAUUCUGAUCUAUGAGCAUUAUUUAAGUUUCAAUGGAGAUCAUGUUACCAAAUUAAUUGAGAUCUGGGCAGGCGAGACUUUGAUGCUAGAAGCCAAUUCCUUCGAGGAGCGAAGAAGCUAUCUAAAAGGUGCCAAAUUUGCCAUUGGUAUUCUGAGUUUGCCCAUGUUCAAUGUUAUUCCUGAAUCCGGACCAAAGAACGCUUAUGGCUUCAGCAUUGAUGUGUUAAAAGUUCUGCAAGAAAAUAUGAAAUUUCAAUACGAAUUUGUCGAAGAGUCGGACGCCAAAUAUGGCGAACGUCUUCCUAAUGGAACUUGGACCAGUCUUCUUGGAAAACUUCAACGGCAAGAGAUCCAUUUCUCAGUCGCCGCUCUUGGCGUGGUCCAUGAAAGAAACGAGAUUGUGGACUUUGUUUCAUUGAGCACAAGGUUACAAUACAUAAUCAUGACUUGGACUAUUCCAGGAGGAAGUCGACCCAUUCUCGACAUGUUUGAUACCGAUGUCAAAAUCCUGGGCAUUGUAACUACUGUCCUUCUUAUCGCGUUCUCAUUGGUGCUACUCCCCCCCAAUCAGGUCGGGUUCGAGGCUUCCGUGGGAGGACUUUUGAAUCAAUUCGGAGCUUUGGUGUCCCAAGGGGCCUCGGAUGAUCUCAUUCGAAUCUCAAGGAAGAUCUUGUUACUCUCAGCGUUGGUUUUUGGAUGGUUCGCUUUGAAUGUCUUUUCGGCUCGGCUGAUUUCGAAUCUAAGCAUUGGCUUGAGCUCUGACCAAAUCAAGUCUAUCCAAGAUAUUGAAACCUACGGUUUUGAUCUGUUCAUCAAUGGAAUAGGAUCAGAGUUGGUCAUGUUCAAGAACGCCCCCGAUGGGUCGCUGAACAAGAGACUCUGGAAUACCAAGAUUAGUCAAAACCAAAAGUUCCACUCUAAGGAUGUGAUGGAAAGCUUCGUGGACAAAAAGGAUCUCAAGUCGGCCGCCAUUUAUCUAGACACCUUGGUGGCAAAUUGGGUCUCAGAUCAUCCGGACCAAGGCUGCCAGAUUGAGACAAGACCCAUGGAAGCUCAAGUUGAGCUUGCUUUUGGCUUCAGCAAGGGCUUCAAACUUCGGAAGUUGUUUGAUUAUCAAAUCAGGAAAAUGGAUCAGUCCGGAGUGCUCCACAAGCUUAAGCAGAAAUGGUUGUAUCCCACAGAGACCAAUCGAGAAUACAUAUGCUCAGAUAACUCGCCAGAGGUUCUAGAGGUGGACUUUAGGAAUGUUUUUGAAUUCUUUAAAAUUCUUAUAGUGGGCACCGUUAUGAGCUUGAUUAGCUUCUGUCUGGAGAUGCUCAGAGCUAGAAUGAGAGACUCGAGGAUCGACAAACCAUCCGAUUCCUCCAGCGUGUUUUCUUCUUUGGUCCAAAAUAAUUGAUUUAUUCUAAUGAGCCGAAACACAUUUGUAUCGUCAAAAAGACUGUUGAUAUAUGAUUGCAUGAAAUAAAAUUCAUUCCAUCUUAUUCUGCAUCGUACGUUGUGGCGGGAAAAAUACUUGAAUCUUUAUUCUUGAGUGAAGUUUCAUUGGUAGAGAUCAAUCUUUCGGUUUGAUAGAUUAUUUUGCUAUCCUGAAGGGAAUCUAGGUCAGCUCGAAUCAGCGACAAUUUCUUGGACUAAUGUGUUAAAUCUGGCUUUUUAGAAUGACCACUUUUCCAGAUUCCAGGACUUUGAACGUUACCGGGCGGUUGGUUUAGAGUUUGAGCAGACCUGCGUCAAUCAUUUUGUAAGCGUAAUUAGUCACAAUUACAAAAACCAUUGGCCUGAUGUGUAAGUAAUAACAAUUAUUUUCCUUUUAUACUUUUUCUU